AUGAAAUUUGCUAAAACAUUAGAACGAUCAUUGAUAGAUGAAGACAUUCCAGAAGAAUGGGUAGAAGCAGCAAUCCAGUAUAAAUCCCUUAAAAAAUGUAUAAAUAAAGUUGUAAAUGAAUUAAAAUUUUUAGGAUUAGAACAAAAUAAAUUAAAAUUAUUAAUUAAUGAUAAAGAAAUUGAUAUUGAUGAUACAAAUACAAAUAAUCCUAUAGUGGCACAAUAUACUUUACAUAAAGCUUCUUUAAAUUCUCAUGAUAUUAUACCUAUACUAAAGAUUAUUUUGGAUUUUAGUGAUGAUAAAAAUAUUACAAAUGAUAAUAUUAAUAAAAUAUGUCAAGAAGUGAAAAAUAAAAUUGAAGGACUUUUGAAUGAAGAUAAUAGUUCUAGUGAUGAUAAUAAUGAUGAGAAAAUUAUUGAAUUAAAAGAACAAAAUGAUGGUGAAAUCAAAGUUGUUUCAAGUAGAGAAGGUUCUUUAUCACCACCAAUGAAAGCAUCUACAUCUCCACCCUUGGAUCCAAUCACUUCACCAACUUCUUCACCAGAAGUACAACAACAAUCGCAACAACCACAAGCAGAGCUAACAGCAGUGCCAACUCCUUUAAAAUUAAAUACAGAUGAAAAUUCUAUAAGUAUUGAAAAAAGAUUAGAAAAAUUAAACAUAGAAGAACCACAUACUAAAAAAAGAGAAAUCAACAUAAUACUUAAUUCUGAUUCAAAAUUUUUUAAAAUGUUAGAUGAAGAAUUAAACGUACUUGACAAUUUAAGAAAAACAGAAGAAGAUAAAAUUAUAGGAGAAAUAACCAAAAUCAGUGAAAAUAUGAAUCUUUCAAAAAUGAAACAAGCUGAUUUAUACAAAUGGAGAGAAUUAUUCAAAAUUUAUUUAGAUUCAGAAGUAUAUUUCAAAUAUAAUGAAUUAAAUUAUAAACAAAAAAACAACGAACAAAUAGUUUCCAGUUUAAAUCAAUUCAUGAAUAAUGUAAAUAAAUCAGGUAUAUUAACUCAAUUUAAAAAAAAAUCAAGUAUUGUUACAUUUAAUCAAUUCAUAUCAAUGAAUUUCCACUUACUAAAGAUGUUAAAAUUUCAAACAAUAAAUACAGAAGCACUUCGUAAAAUCCUAAAAAAAUUUGAUAAACAAACUUCCUUAGGUAUUCAAAACAUUUACCCCAAAUUAAUAUCAUCAGACCAUAUUUUUGUUAGUGGUAAAUCAAUAGCUCAAUCAAUAUGUUAUAUAAUUCAAAAUUCAGUCUUAAAAUUAAUACCACAAUUAGAUGAUUAUUCAUGUCCAAUUUGUAUGUCAAUUGCAUAUAAACCAAUAAGAUUAUCAUGUAAUCAUUUAUUUUGUGUUCGUUGUUUAGUUAAAAUGAAACAACAAGAUAAAAUGAGUUGUCCAAUGUGUAGAAAAGAAAAUGCUAUAUUAGAAGCUGAUUCAAGUAAUUUAGAUUUAGAAAGUAUGGAAUUAAUGAAAAAAUAUUUUCCAAUUGAAGUUAGAGAAAAAUUAAAGGAAAGAGAUAAAGAAAGGUAUAGAGAUUUGAAAGGGAAUAGUGAUGAUAAAUGUGUAAUUGUAUAG